UGAGUCAGAGUUUCACAUUAGAAUCUACAUAAGCAAAAAUUUGAGAGUAUGAAAACACCUAAAAUUGUAAAAGUUUAGAAUAAUCAAAAGUUAUGGCUCUUUAUGUACGAUCCCCGAGGUAUUUAUCCUCAAUUAUCAACGCCAGCAAACGACUACAGUCUACAGAAUGUGUGAAAAAGGACAGGGACCCAUGCCGAACAAACUUGUUCAAGGGUCUGGUACUUGGCAUUUACACAAAUCCAGAUGAUCAUUUGGAUGCUGGGAAACUUACACCAACUGGAGAAAGAUACGACGACUUGGUAUGCCAAAGAUUAACUGAACUUAUUAAAUUUUCCGGCUUGCCCCCUAAAUAUGGGGAAAGUAGAACAUUUUACAACAUCGAUGAAGAAUUUAGCGCAGUUACAGUCGUUGGCUUGGGAAGAGAAUGCCAAGGAUAUGAUGUCUUCGAGCAAAUGGACGAAGGUAAAGAAAGUAUUCGUACAGCGGCAGCCCUGGGAUCAAAAGCUUUACAAAAACUAUCCGUUAGAAAAAUUUUUAUUGAAAGUUUUGGACACGCGGAGUCCUCUGCCGAAGGAUCCGCAUUGGGUGUAUGGCUGUACCAAGAGAAAAAAAUUAAAGAAAAUCAGUUGACCGUUCCUCAACUAGAAUUGUAUGAUGAUUGCGACUGGACCGGAUGGCAGAUUGGACUACAGAAAGCAGCGGCACAGAAUUUAGCCCGCCAAUUGAUGGACACACCGGCAAACCUUAUGACACCUACGUCUUUUGCACAAAAUGCUGUAGAAGUGCUAUGUAAGUCGGGUGUAAACGUGGAAGUUAAAGUUAGAGGCUGGGCUGAAACUCAAAAAAUGUAUGCGUUUUUGGCCGUGGCUCAAGGUUCCUGUGAACCUCCCAUAUUCUUGGAGCUGAGUUAUUACGGUGCUUCUAGAGACGAAAGACCUGUGGUCCUGAUUGGAAAAGGUAUAACUUAUAAUAGUGGCGGUUUAUGUAUUAAGCCGUGCAACAAACAAAGAUUUAUGAGAGGAGAUAUGGGUGGUGCGGCCUGCGUUGUUGCCGCUUGCAGAGCUGUAGCUGGCUUACAAUUGCCAAUAAAUAUUCGAGGUUUAAUACCUCUAUGCGAAAACAUGCCAGGAUGUGCUGCUAUGAGGCCAGGCGACAUUGUAAAAGCUGUUAACGGUAAGAGCAUUAAAAUUGAAUCAACCGACACAGCAGGAAGACUUUGCAUAGCCGAUGCUCUGGUUUAUGCUCAAAAUUUCUGGCCCCGAUUUAUUGUUGACGUAGGUACCAUGACGAACGAUAUGAAACAUUCCUUAGGAGCAGCAGCGAGUGGAGUAUUCAGCAACUCCGAAGCUCUUUGGGAAUAUUUGCUUGCAGCUUCCAUGCACACUGGUGAUAGAGUAUGGAGAUUCCCGUUAUGGGAACAUUUCACCAAACUAGUUGCGGGUCAUCACCAUGUGGAUGUAAAAACAUUUGGUAGAGGAGGAAGACCACGUUGUGCUGGUGCAUGUAAAGUGGCUGCAUUUUUGAACGAGUUUGUUCCAUGUGGAGAUUGGCUGCACAUUGAUACAUAUGGUGUAAUGCACACUGAUGGCUCAGAUUAUACAUAUUUAAGACGAGGUAUGACUGGUCGCCCUACACGUACACUUGUGGAGUUUCUGUCACAAUUGGUUUGCCAUAGAGAUUAAUAAUGUAAUGCUACCUUAUAUAAUUUUUGUAAUGUAUAAUUUUAAUCACUCAAUCAAAACAAAAUGUCUACGCUGAAAGUCUUAAUGAUGCUACUGUGAAACUCUUAAAAUGUGUAAUGUAUAAUCUAAUCGCAUAUUUAACAUGUUUAACCAAAUGUAUAUACUGAGAGUCUAUAAUAAAUUGUCAGUUAACUUGA